UGCUCUAAUUAACUGCUUCCCUUUUUCCCAAUUCCCAUCAAUGGUUGAUUAGGGUUUUUCUGAUAAUUGAAGCAUCUCAACUGUUAAACGCCAUAACUCUUCCGCAAUACUGAAUAUGGCGUUGUGGAGUAGAUUGAGGCAGUCCAAGUUAAAAUUCCAUCUCUUUCCGAACGCAUUCAAGAGAUGCUAUACCCUCAAUCACGGUUCAUUUGUUGCCAAUCAACGUAUUUGUUCACGUACCUUAAUUCCGGUUUUAUAUAACCCUAGUUUCAUUGUCCAGAGCAACCAAUUGGAGUUUUUCUGUAAAUUCAGAUCUUACGCAGCACCUGUUCAGGCUCACCAGACGAAGGAAGAGAGGGACACAAGCGGGCCUAGAUUGAAUGAGCAAAUCACUGCUUCUUCAGUUAGGCUUGUCAGUGAUGAAGGUCAUUGUGUAGUAUCACGGUAUGAAGCGCUCUCCCGUGCAAAAAGCCUUAAGAUGGAUUUGGUUGAGGUUGAUAGACAUGGCAAGCCACCGGUUUGCAAAAUUCUUGACUACCACAAAGAAAAGUAUGUUCAAGAAGUGAAGGAAAAGGAACGUGCUAAAAGCAAGUCAACUCUAAAGAAAGCAGGUGCUAAAGAAGUUCGGUUUGCUGCUAAAAUUAAACAAAAUGACCUGCAAAUGAAAGCUGAUAUGGUUAAGAGACUAAUGGAAAGUGGCUAUCGAGUCAAGUGUACAGCCAUUGAGCCGACCGAGGCUCUGGACUUGGAAACAUUGUUGUCUCGUUUUUGUGCUUUGAUUGAAGACGUUGCCGUUGAGGAAAGUGGACCAAAGGUUGAAAAGAAACAGGCAUAUGUUGUUGUGAGGCACAUCAAGUUUGGUCCCCUUAAAAAGGGCUCUGGAAAGAAAGCUUCUAAGACUGCUGUCUCUUCAAAGACUGGUGGUCAGUCCAGCAACAAUCAACCAUUGGAAGAAAAUGGUGAUACAAUAGAAGCUGGCUUGGAAACUGAGCAAGUGGAUUCUGAAGAGUUGUCCGAUGAACAUGUUCAGACCGGCAAAUCUAAAUGGGCUGUUUUUGAUGGAGAUGAUGAUAUCCACUCAGUUUUUGACAUUAAUGGUGAAGAGAAUGGGCUGCCGAAAAGUUCAAAACAUGACCGGUCAGCAGCUUUAACAGGACCAUCACCCUAUUCUGUGGAUAGAAAUCCAAGACACGUAGUUGAGUCUGCACCAACCAGUGUUCAUGCAAUGGAAAAUAGAUAUGCAAGAGAUCCUAGGUCUGCAAGACCAUCAAGGGUUCCCACAGAUGCCAACGGCCGUGGUGGAAGGAACACAAUGAAUAGCCUGCCGCAGUAUGCAAACCAAGGAAGACAACCGCAGUUUAGUAUGAAUACAUCAUCUCAAACAAGACCACCAACUCGGCAAGUUGAGGUUCCUGCCUAUGAUGCUUCCAAGCAAGAGUCUCCUAGUUCAAGUACUCUCAAUUCGCCGAAGAAAGGUUAUGGUAUUUUUAGCUCGCAACAAGUAAAUGCCACGCCCCGUGAACAAAAUGCACCCGUGGAAACUAACAGAUACAAGAAAAAUGGUCCCACUGAUUCUGCAAGAAUAGGGAGCUCACACUACAGAAACCCUCAAAAUACAGAUUCAAGGAUGAACAGAGGGCCUGGUUGAUAAGCCUGGGCAAGGGAAAUGGGGAGUAUUUAGUAUAGAUAACUGAAAUGUGAUUCCCAACAAGUAGAAGGAAAGGCAAGCAGAAGCCCAGAGACGAUGAUUUUUAGUCCUGUAUUGUUGAACUUAUUGCUUCAUGAUUCCGAAAGGGCAUUCAUUUUGUAAGAUUUUCUUCUAGGUAUUAUUUCAGCACGCCUUAUUAAAAUUUAGUGGCAGCAGAAAUGGCUCUGUUUCGCUGGAGUGUAAUGUAU